AUGGUACCAAUUGUAUUGAAUUCUCAAACGGUUAGUGGUAUCACUGGUUCUAUUUCUAUUGCAUGCUGGAUUAUUGUCUUUGUGCCCCAGAUAUAUGAGAAUUUCUAUCGCGGCUCAGCCGAGGGCCUUUCACUAUUAUUUGUCGUACUAUGGCUGCUAGGUGACAUUUUCAACGUCGCUGGUGCUAUUCUCCAAGGUCUUCUUCCUACCAUGAUCAUUUUAGCAGCCUACUACACUGUGGCUGAUAUAGUUCUCUUGAUACAGUGUUUGUUCUACGGCAGCGAGGAGAAGGUGGACCCUGUACACCUCUCACCAGCAAAUCCUAUAAAUGAAAGAGUCCUAGAGGAUGUGUUCCAGGAGCACCAGCCUCUGCUUCACAAAGGCAAAAAGCAUCACAAUCAUGCUGCGACUGCGCAAGAAAGCUCAGCAGGGGCUUCUUCGUCUUCUGCAACCGCUCAGUCUACGUUUGAUGCAUCGAUCGAUGUUAGCCAGACAAGAAAUUAUGCCAUCAACACGUUGAUGAUUCUCGGUGUUAUUAUCGGUGGAUUUCUAUCCUGGUACAUCUCGUACUUGAAGGAUCCAAAUCCUAUCAACAAAGAGCCUGACUUGCAAUUGAACUGGGUUGCUCAGUUCUUCGGAUAUCUAAGUGCGGUACUUUACUUAAGCUCUCGUGUUCCUCAAAUUCUAUUAAACUACAAGAGAAAAUCAUGCGAGGGUAUUUCGUUUCUAUUCUUCCUGUUCGCUUGCAUCGGGAAUAUUACAUUCAUCAUUUCCGUUCUCAGCAUUUCGUUAAAAUCCCGUUAUUUGUUGGUUAAUGCUUCAUGGUUGAUUGGCAGCUCAGGAACUUUGUUCAUGGAUUUCAUUAUAUUUCUACAGUUUUUCGCUUACAAGGAAAGUGUGACAAACGGAGGAGCUGCCGUCUGA